AUGAAGUAUCUUUUCUGGGAGAACCACAGCUCCGUGUCUGAGUUCUUCCUUCUGGGUUUCUCCAGAGAUUCAAAAAUUAAUAUAAUCCUCUUCAACAUCUUUCUCUUCCUCUACUCUAUAUUUGCAGACAAUGGGCUCAUUGUCACCUUGAUCCACCUGGACUCCUGCCUGCACACACCCAUGUACUUCUUCCUCAGUGUCCUCUCUUUGCUAGACAUGAAUUAUGUCACCAUCAGUCCCCAGAUGUUGGUGCAUCUGGUCUGCCAAAAGAAAACUAUCUCCUAUAUUGGAUGUGUGAUGCAGAUGUACAUCCUUCUGGUGUUGUGCAUCACUGAGGGCUGGCUGUUCUCUGUCAUGGCCUAUGAUAGGUAUGUAGCCAUCUGCCACCCACUUAGGUACAAGGUUAUCAUGAGCCCAUGGCUGUGUGGGGCAAUGGUGGUCUUUUGUGGAUUGUGGGGUGUCAGCUGUUCCCUUAUCUAUAUUGUCUUCACAAUUCGCCUGACUCACUCUGGCCCCAAUGAGAUCAAUCACUUCUUCUGUGAGGUUCCUACUGUUCUAAAAUUGGCCUGUGCAGACACGUCUCUCAAUGACCAAGUUGAUUUCAUUCUGGGAUUCAUCCUUCUCCUGGUACCCCUUUCCUUCAUUCUGACCUCUUAUAUUCGCAUCUCUGCCACCAUCUUGAGAAUCCCUUUCACCCAGGGUCAACUCAAGGCCUUCUCCACCUGCACCUCCCACAUCACCAUGGUAACCAUGUUCUGUGAACCUGCCAUGUCUAUGUACAUGAAGCCUGGGGCCAAUGCCUCCCGAGAGCGAGACGAGAAACUGGCUCUGUUCUACAAUGUCAUCUCUGCCUUUCUCAACCCCAUCAUCUAUAGCCUCAGAAACAAAGAUGUGAAGAGGGCUUUCCUCAAGUUAACAGGCUGGGGCAGUGUCUCUGAGUGA